CCGACCUUUUUGUCUCACGGUUGGCAUUUACCGUGAGAUUCUCUUCUGAACGGCUGACACAGGAUCCACACUAACAAAGGACGACAUGGCAGAAGCAGUUUUCAAGAAGUAUGACGUCAACGGUGACGGCAAAAUGAGUAACGCAGAGCUGGUUGGAGCGCUGAAGGAGUUGAAGGUGACAGCCAGUGAUGAUCUGGUGAAGGCGAUCAUAGCCCGGUACGACAAGCCUCCCCAAAACGGGUUUCUGGAGCUGGCUGAGUUCACAGCGCUGGUUACCGACCUCACGGCCAUCACAGCUACUAAAAGGGAAGAAGUCCUGGAUACCUUUACUCAGUUUGACAAGGAUAAAAGUGGCUUCAUCGAGACUGGCGAGUUGAAAGAGGUCAUGAAAGCCCUGGGGAUGGGCGAGGCCGAUGACGCCACGGUCCAGGCCAUGAUCAACAUUGCCGACACCAACAAUGACGGCAAGGUCAGCAUCGCCGAGUUCGCCAAAAUCUUAGGCCAUGCAGCUGAGUAGGCCUAUGUACAACACACGGAGAAAUGUGUCAAGUAGUUUCUCCCUGGCCACCGUGCAUGGCCCAUAAUACAUGAUACCGCUGUAGUUUUUUUCAAAAUAUUCUAGACAACUAGUUUUUGCUUUGUGGACAACAAUCUCCCUUUGGUAUAAAAUGCGGAAAUAGAUUUUACCUUUACAUAUGGGUGCAUUACCGUGGUAUAAUAUAUAAAACAUAAUACAUUACAAAGGAAACUUAAAAGGAAUAUGCACAUCAAAUAUCACAGAUUUGAUAUCUUAACCUUUGAUAACAGAUUUUUCUGGAGUUCAUAAGGAGCGAAUAAAUCUGUCAGUUUGCUAAUAAAGAAAAUUAUCAUAAAACGAUUUGACCACCCAAUACUUAACAAUGCAAUCAUUAACUAAACUACAAUUUGUUGUGAGCUUCGUCUUCUUGUUUUGGUGUCUUUCUUUUGAGUCCUUACUUGUGCAAAAUAAAAAG